CUUAGCUUAUUUUGUUGCGCGCGCUCUGAUUGGCUGACGGAGGAGCGUUGCGGUCUGUGGAGUGGUCCCCGGCAAAUGUUGGAAAUACAAGUCGGGAGAGAAGUCUUGAUCGUAAUGUAAACAAAUAUACUGCACUAGGAGAACAUUGGCCUAUGUUUGAGAAAUCCUGAUGAGAUGAUCUUGAAGAAAAGAUGCCAAUUAUUGGCGUUUCUCGUCUGCCUAUGGGCCUACAAGUCAGUGGCAGCCAGAGCCUCUCCAUCACAGCAGGCCUCAGCAGCUUCGCUGGAGCCCGAGCAUAUGACAGCUCUCCUUGGGCAGGAUGUGAUUCUGCACUGUCCAUUCGAAUACCCAGAUGGGCUGCCAGUGCCGUAUCUGGUGCAGUGGCACAAGAAGGACCACAAGAUUCCCAUUUACAUUUGGUACGACGGGUAUCCCCCUCAUGCUGCAGACGACUACCGAGAUCGUAUUUCUCUCUCGGGUCAGUCGUCCCUCAACUUGACCAAUGUGCGCGAAGGAGACAAAGGCUGGUAUGAGUGCAAGGUGUUCUUCCUGAAUCGCGAGACCAUACGCAAUGGAACCUGGAUAUAUCUUGAUGUCCUUGCUCCACCACAUUUCAAGGCCAAGCCUGAACAGGUGAUCUAUGUGAAGGUAGGGGAGUCGGUAGUUCUGCCGUGCGAAGCCGAGGGCACCCCCACCCCUGCUAUCAUAUGGUACAAGGACGGCCUUCCCCUGGAAGAGGCUGGCAACGUCCAGAUUCACCCCACAGAACUGCGCAUCAACAAUUUGCGACAAACGGACGUAGGAGACUACAUGUGCAUGGCACGCAACAGCGAGGGCAGCGACUCCGUGGUUUCCAAGGUCAUUGUAGCUGGCCCUGCUGUGAUAGUAACUCCACCUCAUAACUUGACCAAGUUGGAAGGCAACUUCGCAGAGCUGGUGUGCGAGGCAAAGGCACUUCCUUCCAACAUAACCCACCGCUGGUUUUACAAUGGAGUAGAGAUCUCAAAGCUGACCUGGUUGCAGACACGUACUUUAGUCCGCCAAGAUGGUACUCUUUUUAUCAACCCCACCGCAGCUGAUGACUCUGGGUUCUACACAUGUGAGAUUUCUAAUGGCAUCGGCACACCUGAGUCUGCCACGGCCUACCUCAAUAUUGAAUAUCCUGCACGGGUAAACUUCACACCUGCCUUCCAGUACCUCCCGCUGAACCUUUCCGGCAUAGUUCGCUGUUAUAUCCAGGCCAAUCCACCAAUCCAGUUUGUGACCUGGUUCAAGGACAGCCGCCCAUUUGAUGCCAAUUCUAUGAAUGGGGUGGUGAACCUGAGCAAUGGUUCCCUCUUCUUCCAGAGGGUGUCGUAUGAGCACCAGGGACGCUAUCUUUGUAGUCCCUUCAACAUUCAUAGCACGGGGGGAUCCUCACAAGUCAUGGAAGUUCUAGUCAGAGAGCCACCACUGUUUUCAGUGAAGCCUAAAGAGCUGUACCAGCAGCCACGAAACACUGAAGUUACCAUGCCUUGCGAAGGCAAAGGGCAUCCACCCCCCACUGUCUCGUGGAGGAGGGUGGACGCCAAGAAACUGCCAAAGAACCGCCACUCCAUUAACAAGGGAAAGCUGACUAUUAAAAGCCUCCAGAAAGAAGACCAUGGCCGCUAUGAAUGUGUCCUGCAGAAUGAUGUGGCAACUCUGGUAACUAGCACGCUGCUGCUGGUUGAGAGCACCACACCACAUGCUCCCACAAAUGUGUCAGUAAACACUAGCGCAUUUGCUGCCACUGUUUCAUGGCUGCCUGGUUAUGAUGGAGGCCACGCUCAGACUUAUGUCCUGUGGUACCGCUUGGUGGGACAAGGAGAUUCGGAAUGGCGUACAAUACGAGUUUACCCGGACAAUGCAAUAACGCUCACCAUUCACAAUCUGCAGCCAGAGUCACAAUAUGAGUUCCAAGUGCUUUCGCGCAAUGCUUUUGGAGAUGGGCUGUAUAGUGAGAUAGUUCGGGCCAACACCACAAAGUGGACAUAUUUAGAGGGAGCAUAUCCUACUGAUGCCUAUGGCUCAACCUACAUACCUACGGUGAACAGAACCCCAACAGAUGUUCCGACCACGGUCCCACCCCCUUCCACCGUAGGCCCCAAGCCAGCAGCUCCACGAAAUGUGACGGUACGGGAGACUCCAGCGGGGGUUCUGGUCACGUGGCAACCACCCCCAAACACCUCAGUACCCAUAGCCUUCUACUGUGUUGAGUACAGAUCACCCGACAAGCCUUGGGCACGGAGCACCAACAUCAUGAUGGGUAACGAAUACACAAUUACAGACCUGCCCGAAGGGACAAAAUUCUACAUUCGGGUGUCAUCAUUUUCCAUCACCUCUGCUUUUGAAUCGAGCCCCGAGUCCUUGCUUGUUCUGGCAGGAGCAGGUUGCUGCGUUUCAGAGCGGGGCCCCAAGUACAAACGAGACCAAGCCAUCAUCUCAGGUGUGGUGGGGGGAGUGCUCUUCUUCAUUGUGGCCAUCAUCCUCUCUGUGUGUGCCGUCAAGAUAUGCAAUAAGCGAAAAAGGAGGAAAGCAGAGAAAGCCUAUAUGAUGGUCACAUGUCCCGUUGCGGAUGCAAGAAAUGGUGGCCAUUCUCAUGGAGGCAGCCCAGUGUCGCUGAAGAAACACACGGAAGGCGGAGUAUCAAGUCUAGCACUGGCCGUUGGGCGGCAGAUCCUGAGCAGGCACCUCCUGCCCCCCACUCCGCCCUCAGGGCUGCCGCCACAGCCACUGGGGCACAUUCAACGCUCCACUGAGGGCAAGUUUGUGAUCCGGCCGUCGCCUCCGUCCGGGCCCUUCCUCCGGAGGCCCCCUGCAGCCUUCCGCACUAGCAGCCCCGGCCGUGCCGCCACACCAUCUAUCUUUCCUGAGGACCUCAGCUCCGUGGUCCUACCUUCGUCUGCAGAGCGUUCCUUCCCCAGUACAGUACGUUCGAGUGCUCCGCUCUGCACACCGCCAUCAUCACAGGGGGCUCUCCAGCGAGGCUUCAGGCCCAUCCAUGCGCCAGUGAUACGUUGCCGAGAGCAUGGCCCACUUGCUACAAGCAGUCCGCCACGCCUGGAUACCUCGUCGGGGAGCUACACACGAGACAGGCUUCUGGGUGCUGUGCAGCGUGUGCGCUGCAGUAGUCGUGCUUUGCGGCACAGCAGUGCGCCUGAGUUAGCGCAGCGUCGAUGGCGUGCCUCCGAUGAGGAAGGUGCAUGCCGUGCGAGUGUCACUAGUGGCAGCUCGGGCCGUGGCAGCUCAGCAGGGGCUGCCCAUUCACGCGGAGACUCUCUUCAGGGUGAGCUGGCAGGUCGCGUACCACGUCUCGACCAGUCGGUGGACGAAAACUACGAGUUCGACCCUGUGCUGAGUCCUCCGCUCGAGGCCCAGUUAUUGGACACGUGGCGUGAUCAGGCAAGUGGCCUGAGUGACAGCGAACUGUAUGCGGGGGUUGCGUUGCAUCGUGAUGCCGAGGCGCGCUGUGCUGCACUCAAGGAGGAGUUCCUGCGGUUCCGCCGCAGGCGGCGACAGCAGCUUCCCCUCGAAAGUGCGUGCUAGUGCUGGACACAUCCCACAUUCCUUCCUGAGACUCUUGUACUUUGCACCAUUGUCUCAUCACUGCCCUGUGUGCCAAAAAAAAAGAAAACUGGAGACAUUGUUCCUAAAUGGAUCUUCCUUCCUAGUCAUGGAAGCAAUAAAGUCAUCCGCAAUCUCGGUGCUCGAUGAAGCAGACGGCGGAGGAGGAGAAGCGGGGCCCUCCCCCACCUCAGAGUGUAGCUCAAGCGACAUUGACAACCCACUGAAACCUGGCAACAGACUUGUACAGACAUUUCUGAGUCGUUGGACAGUUUUUACUUUCAGACAGCAUCCUGCACACAUACACACACACACACACACACAUACACAUAUACACAGAUGAGAAAAUACUAGAUAGUAAUGUCUGUCAAGCACUACAAUUGUUGAUCUUUUGACCAGUAAUGGGUUUAGAUCUGUGAAUAGGUCCCACAGAACAAAACAAAAAAGUGCACCGGUUCUUUGUAGACUCUCCCACGAUACCUGUGAGUGCUGUUCACAGCAGUACACAAUGUGGUUUGGUAGGGGUGCUCGUGUGGUACUGUCCUUCGACGAGCAGAUAUAGGAAUGUGGUAUAUAAAAAUGUUGUGUGAAGAUUUUUAAAGAGUACAGUUUACACACGCAUCACCAAUAUAGUACAAUAAUUUCGAUACGCCAACACCUAAGGAGCAGCUGUGUAUUUAGUUCUUAAGCAUGUUUGCAUUUGGUUGAACAGACUGCACAAAGGCUUCUGGAAAGCCUUCAUUUGAGGUCCCUGUGUUGUGAUUUACAUUGUUUUGUACUUGUGUAAUGGCGGCCGUCCCGGAUCGCGUGCCGGAAGUAGUUAACUACAUUCCUACUUACUCUAGUAGUGUGUACAUGCUGGUAGUAGUACCCACAUGCUGAAUUGCACUCUGUUGGCGAGCGUGCGUCGGAGGCCGGCCGCACACACAUAUGCAUGUGUACAUACAAUAUACGAGUAUGGAAUUCUAGUACUUAUAAGCAUUAGUCCCCAGAAGCACAGAACUGUAGCCACUAAAGUUAUUGCAUCCACCUGUAUCAUAAUCACACAUACAGUUCUAGAUGGAUCAUAGUAGCUUUAUCAGUUGACAUACAUAAAAAAAUAACGCUAAAUGGCUCAAGGAAUGCACAUUCCAGUCCAAUACAAGCUACACACCAGCAGUCGAACGUGUUUUAAAUGACAAAAAGAAAAAUAAUAAAAACUAAGCGGAUGUAUGACAGGUAAAUGAGAAGAGUAUGAAGUUUACAUUUGUACACUUUCAAACAGUAUUUUGAUUUUGUGACGGACGAAGACCAAAAAGCUUGGGAGAUCUCGUAGUGUUUUCUGUUGUGGUGUUUAGAAUAUUUUGUUUCACUGUGCUUGGUUUAUGGAAUUCUUAUUGUUCACAACUGGCCCCUUUCUGCAUGGCAGAAAUGAAAGUCCUUUCUUUUUUUGUUUUCAAAAUCAAAUUGUAUAUAUCUUUAGUGAUUUUAAUCUUUUAUUUAUGUAAGUGAGGUGUGGCCUAUAUACCAGAGGUAUUGGUGGAUAGAAGAAGAGAACCUAGUAGUGGAUGGCCUUUAAGGAAUCACUGUAUUGCUUUGUUACGAGAUCAGAGAGGGAGCGCAGGACUAAGGUUGUGCAAUGUGGUAUUUUUGUAUGCAUAAGAAGAGGAUGUUUAUUGACAUGCUGUUGUGUUUAAUGGGAUUUGAAAUUUGGCUUGGGCAAUAUCCCAACAUUCGUCUGGUAAGACUCGACAUUUUGCAAAUUCUCCACUGUGUUCAGCUUUUUCAGGGAUUUGAAUAAUGUAUAAUAAUGAAAUGUCCAAAGCUAUUAUGAAAGCCCCUUUCUGUUCUUGUCCUCCUGCAUGAAAUAAUGCUGCUGCUAUGCCCUUAUGUUGUACAUAGAUGUUCACACGGGAGAUGGAAACAUUGUAGAUUGUUUCGCCACGACAGGAAUGUUUGGUGAAUAGGAAUUCUGUCAUUUUGUCUUUUAUUAUCUUGUCAUUUUACUUGAAGGGUUCCACACAAAUACACGUGCACACAAAAGGAAGUGAUGUCAAAGGGGAUAUCUGUGACUCAGAACUUCUUCCACGAACAUGCAAAGAUGGAUGCUAUGUACAUGGCACAUCAGCAUGCUACUGUUUAUCGAGCAGAACACACACUCUGGACAUAACUGCAGUAAGUUGCAGCAUUUCAAAUCAAAGCUUAGGCCAGUGUUCAGAACCACUCAGAAGACAAAGUCACUUCACCAACAGUUAGAACCCUCGAUUUGGAGUAAAAUGUGUCCGAGAUUGAAUUGUUCUCGUUUCACAAGCACGGCGGCUAGAUACGUCCCUGUAUGUUCUUGUAAAUGGGUUGUAGGUUCAUAGACUUCUUUUUCCCGUGUCAUAUGCGGCACUCGCAUAAAGACUAGGAAUUAAAAGGACGGCUCCGUCUCCCUCAAGGACAUCACAAGCCGGCACACUAGUUCAUCUGUGCAUGAGUACGAUUCACCAUCGGAACUCCCUUGCAUUGCAAGUACAGUACCUGCCAGGCAUACUACUCACAGUAAACACACGUUGAGCAAAUUUUCCUAAAUCUUCUGAAAAAGUUGCUAGUCACUGAAGAACCAAUUAAUUUACAUUCUGCGACUUUUUCAAUAAGUUCCUAUCACUGGCAUGAGCUGCUUGAUAAGCAAAGGGGUUUUUCCUUUGUCAAAAAAUUGGAUUUGUUUCACCCGUUAUAACUCCCUGUGGUGUCAUAUUGUUUUAGGGAACACCAUUUUUCUCUGAAAUGCUACUCUUAUACUUUGCGACAGCACCAUUUCAUUGUCUCAUCAUCGAGCAUGGGACAUAAUAAGGUGAACUCUUGUUGGCAAGGUGGCUCGUUCUUUCAUUACAUGGUGCUGCAAUUGGGCAUUUCUGUGAAUGUGUCCAUCAUGUUAAGUUAUGUACCUGUGAGUGGUUGUUUACCUAUUAUUUAUUUUUAUCACGUACAAUGUGCAAAUACUCAUAUUAUGAGAGAUUACUCAUUUGUUGUGUGAAACAACGUUAAUUCCAUUUUAGGCAGCGAGCAAGUAGUGGAAGCAUGAAGGUCGUGAAGUUAGUAGAACUUUAUGUUGAUAGAGCGAAACAGUGGAAAGCAGACUUGCGGGUUGCUUGGGUAUUUUAUGACGUUGCAUCAAUAUUUUUUCCUGUGGUGUUUGUCACCAGUGAGACCCUUUACCAUGCUAUUACUGAAUAAACAUGGUUUUCUUACAACA